UCUCUCAAAAGUUGUCAUUGUUGUGGCUUCAUCUGGCAUUGCAGCAACCCUCUUACCGAAUGCUACCACAGCGCAUUCGAGAUUCAAAAUUCCACUUCACUUGGAUGGCACAUCCACCUGCUCAAUCAAAAAAGGAACCCACCUGGCAGAACUUAUACAAGAAGCAUCACUAAUUGUUUGGGAUGAAGCACCAAUGACGCACAGACAAGCGUUUGAGGCCAUGGAUAGAACCUUUUGUGAUCUCAUGAACAUACCUCUGGUAGGACCAGGACAUAAGUUGUUUGGGGGAAAACAGUCCUGCUUGGGGGUGAUUUCAGGCAAACUUUACCUGUGAUUCCAGAAUCUGGUCGCGAGCAAACAGUUCAAGGCUCACUCACUAGGUCUGACAUAUGGAGCUCCUUUACUUCGCUCAGGUUAUCGAGAAACAUGAGGAUUGAUAACUCAGCAGCAAAUGAAGCUAUUAUUGGGAACAAAUAUACAUUUGGAGAAUGGGUUCUUGCACUUGGUGAUGGGAAGCUGCCUACCAAACGUUUCAAAGAGGACACACCAUCUGAUUGGAUUGAAAUUCCUUAUUUGUUUUUGGUUCAGCUAAGUGUUGACCCAAUCUCCUCAAUUGCAGCAGAAAUAUAUGGUUCCUUCACUGAAAGCUACAGAGACACAAAGUAUCUGACCUGUAGGGCAGUUGUUACCCCUACAAAUGCAAAGGUUAGUGAGAUUAAUGACUUUUUGCUUGGAAAAGUACCGGGACUGGUUCGUUCUUAUUAUAGCUCAGAUUCUAUGCAGAGUGAUACAGAAACACCGGAGUCAUUUAAUGAAACAUACCCAACUGAAUUUCUGAAUACAUUAACAUUCAAUGAUGUGCCGGAUCAUGAGCUCAAACUGAAGGUCCACACUCCUAUUAUGCUGUUGAGAAAUCUUAAUACUUCUACUGGACUUUGCAAUGGAACAAGGAUUAUGGUAACGGAGUUGGGAGAAAAUGUUAUCAAAGGGAUCAUCAUGGGUGGAACUUUUGACAAGAAUCCUGUAAUCAUACCAAGAAUUGUGUUGAAUGUAGAGGAUAGGAAGUGGCCAUUUAUACUCAAGAGGCGUCAAUUUCCAAUACGCCUUUGUUAUGCAAUGACUAUAAACAAAAGUCAGGGCCAAACUCUGGAAAGGGUGGGGGUCUAUCUACCCGAGCCUGUGUUCAGCCAUGGCCAGCUGUAUGUUGCUGUUUUAAGAGUGAGAUCAUCAGAAGGUCUUCGUUUUUUGAUAACCAAAACAGAUGGAAUCCUAGACAACUAUACCAGAAAUAUUGUCUUUGCUGAAGCUUUUGAGGACAUCUGUACAGAUUGAGUGAACAGUUUGCAGCCAUGACAGGUACACUAUUCAUGGACUCAUUGUUAAGUAAACAUUCCAUCUAGAGUAAUUGCCAUUUUAUAAUUGAAUUUGACCAUGUUGUUCAGCCUGCCAAUACAAAUGUGUGUAAUGAGAUACAGGUUUUGCCCACUGCAGGUCUUGGUCAGAUCAAGGACUAAGUGAAGCAAAGCCUUGCCAUUUAGUCUCAACAAUUAAUUAUUUACAUUUUCAGUCUGUGUUGUUUUGUCAUAAACAUAGCCAUGAGGACAACCCCUGUGCAAUCAUCUUUGUUAAGCACAAAUAUUUGUUGCUUCCCUCCGUUGCCCAUGAGCAUGUUCUCCUAUGUGUUAGUCAACUCAGCCUCUUUGAAUGAGAGACUCUUAAGUCAUUAUGGUUGUCUCAAUAGUUAGCAAGUUAUUCAUGGUGAUCCUAUGUCCAAUAGUUAGCAAGUUAUUCACUAUGUCCAAUUUCAAAUUCUGGAAUUUUGGCGGUUUGUUCUUGAUGUUCUUCUCAUGUUCAUAUCCAAAGUUCUACAAGACCACGCCUUAAUCCAUCAAAGUGAAAUAAUGAAGUCCAAAGCUG